AAAGUGGCUGGCACUCCGUGUAGACGCUCUGAGGACAGCUGUGACCUGCCCGAGUUCUGCUUAGGGACAAGUGCGUUUUGUCCAGAUGAUUUUUACCUGAUGGAUGGACUUCAGUGUCAGAGCGGAGCGGCGUACUGCUACGAGGGACGCUGCCAAACCUACGACUACCAAUGCAGACGAUUAUUCAGCCCAGACCCAGCCACAAAAGCAGCAGAUAUUUGCUUCCAGACGGCAAAUAUUAAAGGAAACGAAUACGGCAACUGUGGCAGGAACAACAAGGACUACAUCAAGUGCCCCACAGCCAGCACCUCUGCCCUCUCACUGUCACUCAGACUGGACUGAGCAUGGAUCAGAGAAAGACCAGAGAGGACGGAGCCCCUCCCUCUAUAAAAGCUCACAGACCUGCUCCUGGGGCCAACGCCGUCCCAUUCAAGAGUGUUCGCUCUAUGGUACGAGUAAUAGAGUCAAAAAGAGAACAUGGUCCAGAGAUCCACCAGAAACAUCCUCCAUCUGAACCUGGUCCCAUCUGUGAGUCCCUCAGGAGUGACUGGUCUAUGAGACCUCCACUUGAGUUUGCCACUGAGCCAGUGGAGCAGCAGGGUCCAGAGGUCUCCAGUGGUCAGCACCAUCAGACACAGCUGGACUCCAUAUUUAAGCUUCUGGAGGAGGACAUCAUCACUUUUAUCCAGAAGGAGCUGAAGAAGCUCCACAAGGUUCUGAGUACAGAUUACCCAGAAUGCUUAGAGCCUGUGAAGGAUGAGGAUGAAGAGCAGAGGAGCAGCAGUGAGGCUGUUCUGAAGAUCACACUGAACUUCCUGAGGAGGAUGAAGCAGAAGGAGCUGGCUGAGCGUCUGAGGAGCAGGAGUUAUUCUGGAGUUUGUCAGCGUAAACUGAAGUCUAACCUGCAGCAGAAGUUUGAGUGUGUGUUUGAGGGCAUCGCUAAAGCAGGAAACCCCACCCUUCUGAAUCAGAUCUACACAGAGCUCUACAUCACAGAGGGAGGGUCUUCAGAGGUCAACCAGGAACAUGAGGUCAGACACGUGGAAACAGCCUCCAGGAAACCAGACCCAGCAGAGACACCCAUCACAUGUGAAGACAUGUUUAAAGGCCCAGCUCACACACAUGGACCAAUCAGAACAGUGCUGACAAAGGGAGUGGCUGGCAUCGGGAAAACAGUGCUCACUCAGAAGUUCAGUCUGGACUGGGCUGAAGGCAAAGCCAACCAGGACAUACAGCUGCUGUUCCCGUUCACUUUCAGAGCACUCAAUGUGCUGAAGGAGAGAAGCUUCAGCUUGGUGACACUUGUUCAUCACUUCUUUAGUCAAACACAAACAGAACUCUGCAGCUUUGAAGACCUCCAGGUGCUCUUCAUCUUUGACGGUCUGGACGAGUGCAGACUUCCUCUGGACUUCACCAAAACCAAGGUCCUGACUGACCCCACAGAGUCCACCUCACUGCACGUGCUGCUGGUAAACCUCAUCAGGGGGAUCCUGCUUCCCUCCGCUCGCCUCUGGAUAACCACACGACCUGCAGCAGCCAAUCAGAUCCCUGCUGAGUGCAUCUCCAUGGUGACAGAGGUCAGAGGGUUCAGCGACCCACAGAAGGAGCAGUACUUCAGGAAGAGGUUCAGGGAUGGCGCCGACACAAUCAUCUCCCACAUCAAGACGUCCAGAAGCCUCCACAUCAUGUGCUACAUGCCAAUCUUCUGCUGGAUUGCUGCCACAGUCCUGGAGCAUAUGUUGAAAAGCAGAGAGAGAGGAGAGCUGCCCAAGACCCUGACUCAGAUGUACAUCCACUUCCUGGUGGUUCAGGCCAAAGUCAAGAACAUCAAGUAUGAAGGAGGAUCUGAGACAGACCCACACUGGAGUCCAGAGACCAGGAAGAUGGUGGAGUCUCUGGGAAAACUGGCCUUUGAGCAGCUGCAGAAAGGAAACCUGAUCUUCUAUGAGCAUGACCUGAGUGAGUGUGGACUGGAUGCUGCAGCGGCCUCAGUGUACUCUGGAGUGUUCACACAGGUCUUUAGAGAGGAGCCAGGCCUUUACCAGGACAAGGUCUACUGCUUCAUUCAUCUGAGUGUGCAGGAGUUUCUGGCUGCUCUUCACGUCUAUCAGAGCUUCUUCAGCUUUGGAGAAAACCUGAUGGACCUACCACACUUCUCUGAGAGUCCAAAAUCUUCCUGUCAUGACAGUGAGUACCAUUCUGAUUCAGAGAGGGAGUCCCCUGUCCCUUUUGAGAGUCCAGUGUCUGACCAGGAGUCUGAGGAUUAUUCAUAUUCAGAAGACUCCUCUGUCUCCUCUGAGAUUUCUUACCCUGACUCAUCCUUCUAUUGCUCUGCUGUGGACCAGGCCUUACAGAGUCCAAAUGGACAUCUGGACCUGCUCCUCCGUUUUCUCCUGGGACUUUCACUGUCGACCAAUCAGAGCCUUCUACAAGGUCUGCUGACACAGUCAAGAAGUAGCUCCCAGACCAAUCAGGAAACAGCUGCAUACAUCAAGAAGAAACUGCGUGAGGAUGUGUCUGUAGAGAGGAGCAUGAACCUGUUCCACUGUCUGAAUGAACUGAAUGACUGUUUUCUGGUGGAGCAGAUCCAACAGUACCUGAGUUCAGGACUUCUGUCUAAAGCUAUACUGUCUCCUGCUGAGUGGUCAGCUCUGGCCUUCAUGUUACUGUCAUCAGAAGAAGAUCUGGACCAGUUUGAGCUGAAGAAAUACUGUGCUUCAGAGGAGGCUCUCCUGAGGCUGCUGCCAGUGGUCAAGGCCUCCAACAAAGCUCUACUGAGCAGCUGUAACCUGUCAGAGAGAAGCUGUGAAGCUCUGUUCUCAGUCCUCAGCUCCCAGUCCUCUAGUCUGAGAGUCCUGGAUCUCAGUCUCAAUGACUUGAAGGACUCAGGGCUGGAGAUGUUGUCUGUUGGUCUGAAGAGUCCUCACUGUAAACUGGAACAGCUCAGUCUGUCCCUCUGUGGACUGUCCCCUCACAGCUGUGGGCCUCUGGCCUCAGUCCUCAGCUCCUCCAGUCUCACACACCUGGAUCUCAGUCACAACGACCUCCAGGACUCAGGAGUGGAGCUGCUGUGUUCUGGACUGAAGAGCGCCCCCUGCAGACUGGAGACACUCAGGCUGUCUGGAUGUCUGGUCUCACAGAGGGGCGGGGCUGCUCUGGCCUCAGCUCUGAGCUCCGCCCCCUCCCACCUGAGAGAGUUAGACCUGAGCUACAACCAUCCAGGACCCUCAGCCGAGCUCCUGACCGCUCUACAGGACCAGCGCCCCCUGCUGUCUGUCAGACUGGACCAUGCUGGAGCUCAGUGGUUAACACCAGGAGUCAGAAAGUAUUUCUGUGAUCUCACUCUGGAUCCAAACACAGCUCAGAUAAACCUCAAACUGUCUGACAACAACAAGAAGGUGACACUUGUGAGAGAGGAGCAGCCGUAUCCAGAUCAUCAGGACAGAUUUGAGAUCUACCCUCAGAUUCUGUGUUCCACUGGUCUGACUGGUCGCUGUUACUGGGAGGUCCAGUGGAGUGGAGAUGUUUCUAUAUCAGUGUCUUACAGAGAAAUCAGAAGGAAAGGAAACAGUUAUGACUGUGUGUUUGGAUUCAAUGAUCAGUCCUGGAGUCUGUUCUGUUCUGCAGCUGGUUUCUCUGUUUAUCAUAAUAACAAACACACUCUCCUCCCUCAGUCCUGCUCCUCUUCUGGGACAGUCUCAGUGUUUGUGGACUGUCCUGCUGGCUCUCUGUCCUUCUACACAGUCUCCUCUGACCAACUGACCCACCUCCACACCUUCAACACCACAUUCACUCACACUCUGAUCCCUGGGUUUAGGCUCUGGUCUGACUCCUCAGUGUCUCUGUGUCCGACAGACUCACCCUCCUCUGUGUAAAAUAC